GGGCCUCAGAGUCCCGGGCAGCCCGCGCGCUCUGCAGGAGCUGCCGCCGCCCGCGCCUCCGCGGUCUCGCCGCUUCUUCAGCAGAGACCCGGGCUCGGCCGCCAUGUCCGCCACGGAGGAGGUUGACGGGCUGGGCGUGGCCCGGCCGCACUAUGGCUCUGUCCUGGAUAAUGAGAGACUCACUGCGGAGGAGAUGGAUGAAAGAAGACGUCAGAACGUGGCUUAUGAGUAUCUUUGUCAUUUGGAAGAAGCCAAGAGGUGGAUGGAAGCAUGCCUUGGGGAAGAUCUGCCUCCUACCACAGAACUGGAGGAGGGACUUAGAAAUGGGGUCUACCUUGCCAAGCUGGGAAACUUCUUCUCUCCCAAAGUGGUGUCCCUGAAGAAAAUCUAUGACCGAGAGCAGACCAGAUACAAGGCAACUGGCCUCCACUUCAGACACACUGAUAAUGUGAUUCAGUGGUUGAAUGCCAUGGAUGAGAUUGGAUUGCCUAAGAUUUUUUACCCAGAAACUACAGAUAUCUAUGAUCGAAAGAACAUGCCGAGAUGUAUCUAUUGUAUCCAUGCGCUCAGUUUGUACCUGUUCAAACUCGGCCUGGCUCCUCAGAUUCAAGACCUCUAUGGAAAGGUUGACUUCACAGAGGAAGAAAUUAACAACAUGAAGAUUGAACUGGAGAAGUAUGGGAUCCAGAUGCCUGCCUUCAGCAAGAUUGGGGGCAUCCUGGCUAAUGAACUCUCAGUGGAUGAAGCUGCACUACAUGCGGCUGUUAUUGCUAUUAACGAAGCUGUUGACCGUAGAAUUCCAGCUGAUACGUUUGCAGCUUUGAAAAACCCCAAUGCCAUGCUUAUAAAUCUUGAAGAACCCUUGGCUUCCACCUACCAGGAUGUGCUUUACCAGGCCAAGCAGGACAAAAUGACAAAUGCUAAGAACAAGACAGAUAACUCUGAAAGAGAAAGGGAUGUUUAUGAGGAGCUGCUCACUCAAGCUGAAAUUCAAGGCAAUAUAAACAAAGUCAACACAUUUUCUGCAUUAGCAAAUGUAGACCUGGCUUUGCAGCAGGGAGCUGCUGUGGCCUUGUUCAAGGUUCUGCAGUCGCCGGCUCUGGGCCUCCAAGCGCUGCAGCAGCAGAACAGUGACUGGUACCUCAAGCAGCUGCAGAGUGACCGACAGCAGAAGAGACAGGGUGGUCAGGCCGAUCCCCUGCAGAAGGAGGAGCUACAGUCUGGAGUGGAUGCUGCCAAUAGUGCUGCCCAGCAAUAUCAGAGAAGACUGGCAGCAGUGGCGGCAAUCAAUGCUGCAAUCCAGAAGGGUGUUGCUGAGAAGACUGUUCUGGAACUAAUGAAUCCUGAGGCCCAGCUGCCCCAGGUGUAUCCGUUUGCUGCUGAUCUUUAUCAGAAAGAGCUGGCUACCCUGCAGCAGCAGAGUCCUGAGCACAGCCUCACCCAUCCUGAGCUCUCUGUGGCCGUUGAGAUGUUGUCAUCGGUGGCCCUCAUCAACAGGGCGCUGGAGUCAGGGGACAUGAAUACAGUGUGGAAACAGCUGAGCAGUUCAGUUACAGGCCUUACCAAUAUUGAGGACGAGAACUGCCAGAGGUAUCUCGAUGAGCUGAUGAAGCUGAAAGCUCAGGCACAUGCAGAAAAUAAUGAAUUUAUUUCAUGGAAUGACAUCCAAGCCUGUGUGGACCAUGUGAAUCUGGUGGUGCAGGAGGAACAUGAGAGGAUUUUAGCCAUCGGUUUAAUUAAUGAAGCCCUGGACGAAGGGGAUGCCCAGAAGACUCUGCAGGCCCUGCAGAUUCCUGCAGCUAAACUUGAGGGGGUCCUUGCAGAAGUGGCCCAGCAUUACCAAGACACACUGAUCAGAGCCAAGAGAGAGAAGGCCCAGGAAACCCAGGAUGAGUCAGCUGUGUUAUGGCUGGAUGAAAUCCAAGGUGGAAUCUGGCAGUCUAACAAAGACACCCAGGAGGCACAGAAGUUUGCCUUAGGAAUUUUUGCCAUCAAUGAGGCAGUAGAUAGCGGCGAUGUUGGCAAAACACUGGGUGCCCUCCGUUCCCCUGAUGUCGGCUUGUAUGGCGUCAUCCCCGAAUGUGGUGAAACUUACCAGAGUGACCUUGCUGAAGCCAAGAAGAAAAAACUGGCAGCAGGAGAUAAUAACAGCAAGUGGGUGAAGCACUGGGUGAAAGGUGGAUAUUAUUACUACCACAAUCUGGAGACCCAGCAAGGAGGAUGGGAUGAACCCCCAGACUUCGUGCAAAAUUCUGUGCAGCUUUCUCGGGAGGAGAUACAGAGCUCCAUCUCCGGGGUGACUGCUGCAUAUAACCGGGAACAGCUUUGGCUGGCCAAUGAAGGCUUGAUCACCAAGCUGCAGGCUUGUUGUCGUGGAUACUUAGUCCGACAGGAAUUCCGAGCCAGGAUGAAUUUCCUGAAGAAACAAAUCCCUGCCAUCACCUGCAUUCAGUCACAGUGGAGAGGAUACAAGCAGAAGAAGGCAUAUCAGGACCGUUUAGCUUACCUGCGCUCCCAUAAGGAUGAAGUUGUAAAGAUUCAGUCCCUGGCAAGGAUGCAUCAAGCUAGAAAGCGCUAUAGAGAUCGCUUGCAGUACUUCCGAGACCAUAUAAAUGACAUUAUCAAAAUCCAGGCUUUUAUUCGGGCAAACAAAGCUCGUGAUGACUACAAGACUCUGAUCAAUGCUGAGGACCCUCCUAUGAUUGUGGUCCGAAAAUUUGUCCACCUGCUUGACCAAAGUGACCAGGAUUUUCAGGAAGAGAUUGAUCUUAUGAAGAUGCGGGAAGAAGUCAUUACCCUCAUUCGUUCAAAUCAGCAGCUGGAAAAUGACCUCAAUCUGAUGGAUAUCAAAAUUGGACUGCUAGUGAAAAACAAAAUCACACUGCAGGAUGUGGUUUCCCACAGUAAAAAGCUUACCAAAAAAAAUAAGGAACAGUUGUCUGAUAUGAUGAUGAUAAAUAAACAGAAGGGAGGUCUCAAGGCUUUAAGUAAGGAGAAGAGAGAGAAAUUGGAAGCCUAUCAACACCUGUUUUAUCUAUUGCAGACCAACCCCACCUAUCUGGCAAAGCUGAUUUUUCAGAUGCCCCAGAACAAGUCCACCAAGUUCAUGGACUCCGUCAUCUUCACACUGUACAACUACGCCUCCAACCAGCGGGAGGAGUACCUGCUCCUGCGGCUCUUUAAGACGGCGCUCCAGGAGGAGAUCAAGUCAAAAGUAGAUCAGAUUCAAGAGAUUGUGACAGGAAAUCCUACAGUUAUUAAGAUGGUUGUAAGCUUCAACCGCGGUGCCCGGGGCCAGAACGCCUUGAGACAAAUCUUGGCCCCGGUCGUGAAGGAGAUUAUGGACGACAAAUCUCUCAACAUCAAAACUGAUCCUGUUGAUAUUUACAAAUCUUGGGUUAAUCAAAUGGAGUCUCAGACAGGAGAGGCAAGCAAACUACCCUAUGACGUGACCCCUGAGCAGGCUCUGGCUCAUGAAGAAGUCAAGACACGGCUGGACAACUCCAUCAGGAACAUGCGGGCCGUGACGGACAAGUUCCUGUCAGCCAUCAUCAGCUCUGUGGACAAAAUCCCGUACGGGAUGCGCUUCAUUGCCAAGGUGCUGAAGGACUCGCUGCACGAGAAGUUCCCUGACGCCGGUGAGGAUGAGCUUCUGAAGAUUGUUGGAAACUUGCUUUACUAUCGAUACAUGAAUCCAGCCAUUGUUGCUCCUGACGCCUUUGACAUCAUUGACCUGUCAGCAGGAGGCCAGCUUACCACAGACCAGCGCCGAAAUCUUGGCUCCAUUGCAAAGAUGCUCCAGCAUGCAGCUUCCAAUAAGAUGUUUCUGGGAGAUAAUGCUCACUUAAGCAUCAUUAAUGAAUAUCUUUCCCAGUCCUACCAGAAAUUCAGACGGUUUUUCCAAGCUGCUUGUGAUGUCCCUGAGCUCCAGGAUAAAUUUAAUGUGGAUGAGUACUCCGAUUUAGUGACCCUCACCAAACCAGUGAUCUACAUUUCCAUCGGGGAAAUCGUCAACACCCAUACUCUCCUGUUAGAUCACCAGGAUGCCAUCGCUCCGGAGCACAAUGAUCCAAUCCAUGAACUGCUGGAUGACCUUGGCGAGGUGCCCACCAUCGAGUCCCUGAUAGGAGAAAGCUCUGGCAAUUUAAGUGACGCAAAUAAGGAGGCCCUGGCGAAGACAGAAGUAUCCCUCACAUUGACCAACAAGUUUGAUGUGCCUGGAGAUGAAAAUGCAGAAAUGGAUGCUCGGACUAUCUUGCUGAACACAAAACGUUUAAUCGUGGAUGUCAUCAGGUUCCAGCCAGGAGAGACCUUGACAGAAAUCCUGGAAACACCAGCCACUAGCGAACAGGAAGCGGAGCAUCAGAGGGCCAUGCAAAGACGUGCUGUCCGCGAUGCCAAAACUCCUGACAAGAUGAAAAAGUCCAGAUCUGUAAAGGAAGACAGCAACCUUAGUCUUCAGGAGAAGAAAGAGAAGAUCCAGUUGGGCUUGAAGAAGCUAACAGAGUUCGGGACUGUGGACCCAAAGAACAGAUACCAGGAGCUGAUCAACGACAUUGCCAGGGAUAUUCGGAAUCAGCGGAGAUACCGGCAGAGAAGAAAGGCUGAACUGGUGAAACUGCAACAAACGUACGCUGCUCUGAACUCCAAGUCCACGUUUUAUGGAGAGCAGGUGGAUUACUAUAAAAGCUACAUCAAAACCUGCUUGGACAACUUAGCCAGCAGGGGCAAGGUCUCCAAAAAGCCUAGGGAAAUGAAAGGAAAGAAGAGCAAAAAGAUUUCUCUGAAAUACACAGCAGCAAGACUGCAUGAAAAAGGAGUUCUUCUGGAAAUUGAAGACCUGCAAGUCAGCCAGUUUAAAAACGUUAUCUUUGAAAUUAGUCCAACAGAAGAAGUUGGAGACUUUGAAGUGAAAGCCAAAUUCAUGGGAGUCCAAAUGGAGACGUUUAUGUUACAUUACCAGGACCUGCUGCAGCUCCAAUAUGAGGGCGUUGCGGUCAUGAAAUUAUUUGAUAGAGCGAAAGUAAACGUCAACCUUCUGAUCUUCCUCCUCAACAAAAAGUUCUACGGGAAAUAAUCGACCACUUGCUGCCAGCCCAGAAGGAUGAAGGAAAGACGCACCUCCUGGCUACCUUCCCAGGGUCUCUCAAAGGCCCAGCCCACAAGUAAUGCCUCAAUUUGACAGACUCCCAGGGCCACAUUCCUGACUCCUCCCACUUUGAGGGGGCAUUUAUUACCCUUUUUUCAUUGUGAAAUUGUAUUUUAGGCUUAGUCUGGCCCUUCUUGUUCCUUCAUUUUCUUCUGUCACUUAAGAAAGAGUGGAGACUCCACUAAAGUCUGUGUUGGGCUCAGAGGUUGCAUUACUAUAUUGUAGGCUUUGGUGUUGUGUUAAUUAGCGAUAGGGGUGGUGGGGUUUGAAUUCUUGCUAUUUAGAAAUAGAAGCUGUUAGCACCAACAACAUAAACACAUAUGAGACACAAUCAAAAUGUAGGGUUAUCUAUAGUUACUAGGUUGUCAAUUAAAAGUGAAGUUUCUUUAUGUUUCUGUCCCAUCAGGAAAAUUGAAGGACACGGGAUCAUUGGUCCUCUUCCGUUUUGUUCUCCUUUAUGGGCAGAAGCUAAUAGAAGUCACUGUCCUAAGUGCAGAGGAAACAUGUCUAGGAAAGGGAGGUAUUGGUUUUCAGUCUCACCCUUACCCUUGGACAGUUCUGUCAGAGUAACUCAUCAGUGGGUGGGAGAGUCCCACGGGUAAGAUUCAGCUCUUUGGGUAAUUCAGGACCGUCUGGUACCCGCUCGUUUGUGUUGGGGACAGAUGGACUAGAUUCAGGAAGACAGCCCGCUCCGUCCCUGUGGCAAAGGAAGGGGUUAGCCCUUGCGUAGAAUAUAAUUGUUUUCAGAACUGUUUUAUAUCUUAAGAGUGCCUUAUUAAAGUAUAGAUUUAUUUCUUAAAAUGUGGGUGGUAGGAAUUUUAAAGAUUUAUAUUAUGCUUCAAAAGCCUUUAAAAUACUGUAAGAAGAGGUUUUUAAAAAUUGGCUUAUCUGUAUAUCUGAACUCUUAAAGCUUUCUUAGAGCUAAAACACUAGGAUUUAUCUGCAAGGUUGCAGAGAUAGUCCUGCCUUCAAUAGACUGAAACAAAAACAAACAAAACCAAGCAGUUGAUGUUACACUUGAUAUUAAAAUCUAUUUUUCCCCAUUGCUUACUCUUUUACUGCCCACACUGUGCCAUCAUUCUGUGAGCUCCAGUUUUCUGGGUUUAGUCAAAAAACAAUUGAGUUUUAAAAAUUGAUUUUAGGAAGCUUUUGUUCUUAGAUCAUAUACUUAAAAAAAUCUACCCAGGAAAAUAUAUUGAAAUCAUGCUAUUGAGCCUCCAUUUUCUCUGAUGUUUUGGUUCAGUAUUUUUUAUCAUAAAACUUAAACUAACAUUUAAAAAUUUACUGAUGUAUAUUUAAAGCCAAUAAACUGUUUCGCUAAUAACAGAUUAUGUGAUGUGUCCCUAAUACAAGUGCAAGUAUUGGAGACGUGUUUUUCACGCCAGUCUGCCCGGUCUCAUGCACCAGUGCGGGUGUGAGCUGCCUGAGCGCACAGCCUCCGGGCGGCCCCCUCGCACGCGGGGGACUAGCUGCGGUGGGCAGCACCAUGACCAGAGUCUCACUGCCCUGACCUGGUUUUUUUGUUGUGUUUUGGAGAUAAUUUUUUGAUGCAGAUUUUCCUCAUAUUAAAAGAAGACGCUGUCUCAAGCAGCAUCAACUCAGAAACUGAGACCAGUGUGCCAGCCCUUUACCCUGAUACGCUUGUGGGGCCCCAAAGGCCACAUCCAUGGCAGACAAUGAGCAGAGUUUACAACUCCUUUAAAAUCAGGAUGUUUCAACUAUUUGUCAGGAUUGUAGUUCCCUUGACCCGCCUCCAAUGCAAAGUAGCACAAAAUGGACUUGCAGAGCCUCGGUGGCAGCUGUGUAGAGCUGGUGGUGACAGCCUGGGCAUGCCCCAGGGACGCAGGCUGCGGCGUCGCAACCGUGUGACUCUGGCCACUGUCACUUACUCGCUGUAGCACUCUCUCAUCUCUCAGUUUCUCUGACCUUAGCUUGGAACAGCCAUCGUGACAUUUACCAUGACUUGACCUCCUCCCAGGAAUUUGGACUGCCCGUCAGAUGGCUGCUGCACACAGUUGCCUUUGUAUCUGUAUGAAAUAAAGGGUCAUUCGUUCA